UUAUUUGUUAAUAAACAAUUGAUUUUCAAACAAUUAAUUAAAAAACCGGAUAAAAUAUAAGACUUUUGCUUGUUGUUUGUUAAUAUGCAAGGAAAAUUAAUAGUAUUAUUUGCAUGCCUUAUGGUAGCAAGUUAUGCACAGACUCGUUGCUGGAAUGAUUAUUCAGUAAUGAAAAAAGGUGUUUUGGCAUCUUGUGUUGAUGGUUGCAGAGAUUAUCCAACUCUUGAUGCUGCCGCAGAAGCAUGUGAUUAAAAUAAGCUUUGUGAUGGUGUUUCUAAUGAAUUUAAAUCUAAUGGUGGUAGCAACUCAUUAGGCCCUAAUGCUCUUAGUGGUUGGUAAUUGAGAAAAGGUGAUCUUUAAGUUAAUUAUAAGUAUAACUAAUAAGGAUAUACAUUUUUGAAAGGAACUUAAUUUUGCAACAUUAACAAUGUUAUGUAUGGUGGUCCUAUUUUUGAUUACACAAUUAAGAAAAAUUGUGUUGAAAGUUCUUGUACUACUUAUAAUAAUUGGUUAAAUGCUGCUUAAUAAGCUUAAAAGAAUGGAAAUGGAGAUGCAUCUAUUACUUUAUUAAGUGAUGGAAGCAACUGGGCACCUUACAAAUUAUAAUAAAUGUCUGCUAGUGACUAUGCACUCAGCUUCUUCGUUUCAUAAUACUUAAACACUGAAUAUACCUCAGCCAAGAAUCAAUACUACGAUGAAAAGAGAGGUUAUACUCUUAGUACUUGUGUCAAUAAAUGCAAAGACUAUGCUUCGUUAAAGGAAGCUUAAUAUUAUUGUAACUAAUCAGCUGAAUGUGUUGGUGUUACAUAUCAAAGUAUUGAAAUUGAUGCAGGUGAUAACUCUGUAGGUUAUAUUUAAGGAUAUGGUUACUAACUUAGAAAGGGUUCUUUGAAAGCUAGCUCUGAUGUUAUUUCUUGGGUUAAAUAGACUGGUCUUGCUAAUAACCCUGCUACUACUCCCUCAUCACCCUCAUCCUCAUCAUCAUCUAGUUCUAGCUCUAACUCUUCAUCCUCUAGUUCAUCAAGCUCAAGCUCCUCAUCUAGUUCAUCUAGCUCAUCAUCAAGUUCAAGCUCAAGCUCCUCAUCUAGCUCAUCAUCAAGUUCAAGCUCAUCAGGAUCAAGUGGAAGCAGUUCUAAUACUUCUUCUGGAUCAUCAGGAUCAAGUGGUUCAUCUGGAUCAUCAGGAUCAAGUGGUUCAUCUGGAUCAUCAGGAUCAAGUGGUUCAUCAGGAUCAAGUGGUUCAUCAGGAUCAAGUGGUUCAUCUGGAUCAUCAGGAUCAAGUGGUUCAUCUGGUUCAUCAGGAUCAAGUGGUUCAUCUGGUUCAUCAGGAUCAAGUGGUUCAUCUGGAUCAAGUGGUUCAUCUGGUUCAUCAGGAUCAAGUGGUUCAUCUGGUUCAUCAGGAUCAAGUGGAAACAAUUAAGGUACUCCAUCUUCUACAUAACCUACUGAAUAAGCAGCUGGAUGUCCUAUUCUUUAUACUGAGUGCUACUAUAGUGGUAAUUCAGUAUCAGUUUGUUCUAACAAUCCUGACUUUAACUGGCGUCCUUACAAAUCUCUCAAAAUCCCAGAUGGUUAAUAUGUAGUAAUUUAUGAAGAAGAUAAUUACAAGGGUGAAAAAUACUACUACGAUUAGAGCAUUCCUUGUUCUGAUGAUGUUUAAUUAUUCCUUUUUGAAAACAAGAAAAGCUUUGAUGAAUAAGAAAGUGCUACUACCAGCCAUAAAAAGCACCACAAAAAGAAUCACCAUAAGCUUAAAAAGAAUUCAGAUUGA